UUUCUUCAAAUAUUCUAUAUCCACUUAUCAAAAAUAAAAUCAAACAGUUGGUCUGUGUUGAUAAAUUACAUAAAUUUAUCGAAUACGCAAAAAUAUCCUACGAAAAUUCUCAUAUAAAUUUCAAAAUAUUGGAUAUUGAAAAUGCAAACGAAUGCUCUUUGUAUGCACACACCUUCGACAAAAUAUUUUCAUUUCUCUGUUUUCACUGGGUUUGGAAUAAAAUGAAUGCAUUAGUUAACAUGAAAUCAAUGUUGAGGAACAAUGGAGAAAUUUGUAUUCAUUAUUUGUUAAAUGUUCCAAACGUCGAAAUAUAUAAAAAACUGGACCCAGAAUGGCAAAUUUAUACAAAAAAAACUAUGCAAGCUAAUAUGCCGGUGUAUUCAUUGGAGGAAACAAAAACUAUUUUUGAAAAGGCUGGGUUUCGAGUUGUCAGUAUUGAAACGAAUAAAAAUAAAUUUACAUUUCAAAAUAUAGCAUCAAUAAUAAGUACAUUUAAGUGUGCUGAUGAAAUGUACCAAUAUAUUCCGCCAAAGGAUCAUGAAAGAUAUGCUUUACAAUUUGAAUAUUUUCUAUCGAAAUCGGAAAUGGUCGAAUUAUGUCCAACUACAGGAAAGGCCACUUUCACUUUUAAUCUUAUUACUGUACAUGCAGUUAAGGAAAACAUUUAAAUGUAUUCAAAAUGUAAUAAUUUGAAAUGUAGUAUUAUUCAAUGCUCUCUCUCAUUGAAAAAUUACAAUUAUGUAGAGUGUAAAAAAUUAAAAUAAUGUAACUGUCAUAUACUGACAGUUUCGCCAUGGAAUAA